AUGGUUGUUCUAAACGGGAUUCAAGAGGAAAAGGAGCUGGGAAUCACCGGAUACUCGGUGAAAUGGGUGCUAAACAAGUUGGAAGAGUGCUGCGAGGACUAUGUUAAGGCGAAAGACGAUCGAAAAGUUGUUGACGUAAGAUACGCCUUUUUGACAACUGUAUGGCAAUUUCAGAUAGAAGCCGUUGACGUCUCUGAGGGAAAAGGCUAUUUAUCUCGAGUCUUCGUUACAACUAUUACAUUCAACGAUGGGGACAACUAUAAGAUCGCAAUGAAAGUCCCCACAUACUCAAUUAUCGCAGAGAAAAUAAAGGAAAUGGGCGAUGUAAAAAAUGUAAGACAUUCCACUUUACCCAUAGUUUAAUGUUCUCUUUAAACGACUUGAUCUUUCAGCACAACGCCGAUGAAAGCCGAGCCAACAUCAACAUGGCUCAUGACAUCGAAUGUGAUGCCGUUUCUUUUGUCUCCACUUUUCCCAAUUUCCCUUCUCCCAAAGUUUAUUUCACUCAAAAGACGACAGCAGGCCAAGACUGUGGUCUUCCUGGUCGGAACGCCCCAGGGGUUAUCAUCAUGAAAGCGCUCGACGGCGCUUCUCUAGGAAUGGCCCGAUCUGUCACACCUGAACAAUGCCUUAACUUUGCUGCCGACUUCGCCACACUUCAAGACUACGUAGCGCAAUCGCCAGAGUCGGAGUGGAAGGGGAAAUUCGACAGUGCCUUGCACUUUGGAGCAGGAAUGUUUGAAGCCUGUAAAGCGGGGCUGAACCGGUUAAAAGACGAAUUCCCAGAAGAGCUCGCUGAGAUAAGUGAUAUAUUUGAAUCGCUAGAUUGGAUAAAGUUCUCCAAAUACGCCUUGAAGAUAAGGCCUGCACAGCUGAACGCAACAACGUAUGCCCAUGGUGACUCGUGGACUAACAAUGUCAUGUUCAAGAAGAAUCCGGAUGGAAGUGUGGGGAAUGAAGCGCUGGCUUACAUCGAUUAUCAAAUUGGAUUUGAAGGUGACAAUUCAAAAGUUUAUAGUGCAAGGUAUUUUUAGGAAGUCCUCUCUUUGAUAUUGCCCGAUUCUUGACGUUGGCCGCUGAUGCAGAAGUCAGAAGGGAAGUUACAGAACGAACACUGGAACUGUACUAUGAAACGCUUACUCGAUUAUAUGGAAAACGCGGGCAGAAAGUUCCCUUCAGCUUUGACGAGGUUUGCCUUGGAAUGAGAUUUUUAUCGUCUAGGUUAAGAAAUGAAGAAUUCUUUCUCAUAGGCAGACUGCUAAAAGACACAAAAAAGCAACACAAUUUCAACCUUCCAGCUAAAAAUCCAGGUUUCAGGCCAAAGAAAUGUAUGAUCUCUGCUAUGUUCAAGAAACAUUCGAGCUCAUCGUUGUUGCCGCAUUUGCCGAAAACGAUGCUGCAGUAGCGCCUGAAGUAUUGGAAGCUCGUUCGGCCAAGCUGAAGCUACGAACAAGAUUUGCAAUGUCGGACGCGCUACGCAUUUGGAAGAAGCGAAAUUACUCACGACUAUGCGCGCAAUUCAACCUUUUUGCAUAA